ACACGCAGCCUAUCAAGGAAAGAGCGAGGAAGACGGAGAAAGAGAAGGGGCAAGUGGAACUAAACCGGUUGCCGUCAGAAAAAGUGAAGAGACAGGGCGAAACCCUUUGCACGGGCGGAAGGACGGGCGGAUCUCCUGUUACAUUAUUGUAGAUAACGCAGGUUAUUCGAAACAGUUACCACUGGACGACCAUGAAUAAUAGUAAGAGGACUGUUAUAGUGACAGGUUUUGGGCCCUUUGGAGAACACUCUAUCAAUGCCAGCUGGGUGGCAGUACAGGAACUGAAAAAACUGGGGCUGGGCCAUGAUGUGGACCUGCACGUGUACGAGGUGCCUGUAGAGUACCAGACCGUCCAGAGCCUGGUGCCAUCGCUAUGGAAACAGUACCAUCCACAGUUGGUGGUGCACGUAGGGUUGUCAGGGAUGGCAACCACCGUCACCUUGGAGAAGUGUGGCCGCAACCACGGUUACAAAGGCCUGGACAACUGCAGCUUCUCCCCCGACACUCAGUGCUGCAUCGACGGGGGACCUGACUGCAUCGACUCCAUUAUCGACAUGGACUCUGUGUGCAAGAGGGUGACUGCCGCAGGUCUAGGGGUGGCUGUUUCUGUGUCCAAGGAUGCUGGCCGGUACCUGUGUGACUACACCUACUACACGUCACUGUACCUGAGCCGCGGACGCUCGGCCUUCGUGCACGUGCCCCCGCUGGGGAAGCCGUAUAGCGCCGAGGACCUGGGCCGGGCUCUGCAGGCCAUUGUCCACGAGAUGCUGGACCUGCUGGACCAGGCCGAGAACAAGAUCCACUGCCAGCACUGACGCUAAGCCACCUGCAGCCACCACACAGCAAAAGCCAGCUCCCAGACAGACCCACCCCUGGCCCCCCAAGAGGGAUUGUACUUAAACACAACCAGCCAGACAGAGCUAAUGACUCCCUCCCUCAGGCUCACCCCACCCCCUCCCCCCACACACACACACCUCACCGUCCACACAUUCUCAAACAACCCCUCUGAGAGAGAGGACCAAUAGGGUUGGAGGACUGGAGUGAGAGAGGGAGGGAGUGAUGGGAGAGAUUCAGUUUGGUGCGAACGUGCCCGUCGGUGAUGAGCGAGGAUGCCGCACGGGAGGGGAUGGUUAGACCAGCGGGUACCACAGGAUGGAGAACAGUUGGAACUCGCGGCAGCAUGGUGGGCAGGAGGCCCAGUAGUAUAUCUGGCGAGAGUGCAGUUGGAGGGACGUCAGUGUGUCAGCAUGGUACAGUAACACACUUAUCACAGAUUCAGGCCCCUCUGAGUCCUCCCAUUAUUAUUCAACCUACAAACCCAAUCUUAUUUAUUUCUCUGUCAUUCUUCAAAUUAUUAUCUCAUUUAUUUACCAGCAUUUUCAUUUUUUGUCUCAUUGAACAGUUUUAUCUUCGAUUAUUUAAAAAAAAAUCAUUUAUUGAAGCCACAAAUAUAAGGUGCCAAUAGAAUUAUUGUGGAAAUACAGUUAACUGUGAUAUAUUGUACGCUCAGAUUUGCUGACUUGGUUUUUAAUGAGAUUUGGAUUCAGUGUGGACAUGUUCAUUUCCCACCUGUGGAAACAUUUUAAAGUGGAGGGUAAUAGUGAAAGCUCACUACUUUCAGGCCUACGGUGCUCCAAAUUUAUUUAAAAAAAUUCAGAGAACAAGCAAAGUAUCUUAAUAUUAAAUACUGCAUCUAAAGCCUUUCAACCCUUAACUUCUUUUAUUUUGACUAAAACCAUGACUGGUUUUGUGAACCCAAGUCCUUUUCUUGAUACAAAUAGUUGAUGUGCUUUUAAUGUGAAACCCUAACUUCUGCUGUUUUACAUAAGGAAUACUGAUACUUCUGACAUUCUUUUUUUCUUUAUAAGAAGCUAUGCUGUACCUUCUGUUGCUAAGGUUAUUUAUGUCAUGUCGCUGGUUUGCUCUUUUUGUUUAUCGUCUUCUUGAUGACCGUUUAGGCUACACAGAGCAUUUAUUUUUAACCACCAUAAUGAAUUUUGUUUGUGUGUGUCAUCACAGUUGUGAAUGCUUGUGUCCUAUACAAAUUUUAUCACGGCUCAGCUUCCAGUAUUAUAAGAUGUACUGUAGAUAUACUGUAUGGCCUUUAUUCUGGAUUCUUCCUGUGAUGUUUCUCAAAUUUUGGAUGACUGUGAGUCAUAAAUAUGCCUGAUUUUAAUACACUCAGAAAAUGCGA